AUGCCAAUGGUACUGCCCGUUCAAUUACACAUCUCGCUCAAUGCGAGAUUAUUCAAGAUAUUUAAUCUAACGGAGCAUCGUGCUUUUACCAUCUCUCACCUCCGAAAGACUCUUGGCACUUCGUUCCACAUAUCUCCUGAGAAAAUCCGCUUCAACCUGGUCUCUGGCCGUUAUACUCGGGACACCGAUGCGUUAUUUGACUUGCGAGCCAGUGACGGAAACUCGGCCUCGCUCGAUGUCGAGCUACCGCCGGCUUACGUUCACUCUUCGCUUUCAAACGGCGUGAUCAGUAUGCGAUUCCUCUCCAACGUCGGUCCGGUGGUCUCAGAAGACACCUUGUGCGAAAACAUCGUUGAGGUCCAACUCUUGGCCCCGACUACACCUAGCACGCUACCCUCCAGCUCUACCGCCCCUGCCCCCUUCUCACUGGAGGAAUUGAGCCGAGAACAGCGCAUUGCCCUCCGAGCUCAGCUCGAAGACCCUUUCAGCAUUGCCUCGAAGUCUUGCUUCGAAGACGACAGUGAUGAUGACGACGACUAUAAUGAUGACGACGAUGACUCGGACAGCGACGUGGAUGAUGACCUCUACAGUGAUGAUGGUGAAGCUGUAUUCGAGUCUGCAUCCAGCGAUUCCGAUUGUUCUUCGACUACAUCUUCUCUACUGAGCUCACCCGUCACAUCGCCGACCUCUUCCUCCUUCUGGCCGUCUGAUCCGAGCAAGCUUAGCGCAGGUCAUUUGCGCCACCUGCUUUCCAUCACUACACCGCGAGACUCUCGGAGGGAAAUUCACCUUCGGGUCAGCCUGCUUCGUUACAAAUUCCAACAGCGGAUAUUGGAGAGAUUGCAAGACGGUCCGAAGCUCAGCCCCAGCAACCCAUUAGAGAACCUCAAACUAACUCCCGCAAUCCAGACCAGCCCACUCCCAACCUCUCCAACAUCUGCCACAACCAAGGUAUCGUCGGCGGUUCCCUCGAGCCUUCCAGCUCACCUCUCGUUCAUUUGA